AUGAAAGUGCUGGCUGGAAGAGCUGGAGAGGGCCAGGAGGGCAGAACACGAGCAUUAAGCCGGGCCAAUGGGCGUGUGAGUGAAGGCAGUCUCGUUCGCCGUCCCAACCUGCGCAAGCCCAAAAAGCAGGGGGAGGGCCACAACCAAAGUGAGCCCAAAGGCAUUGACCGGGAAGGAGGAACUCCUUCUCGGGAUGGCUCCCGACGCGCCCCUAGGGAACUUUCAGACACAAGGUCGCAUGUUGAUGUUGAUAAUAGCAUCACCUACUCACAUCGUUACGUCUGGGUUGAUGACACGUGCAAGUGCUCAUUUUACAUUGGGAACACGUCAAGCAGUGUGAUUAAGGAUGAAGUUCGUGCCCUGUCAGAUGUCAUCCGCAGUCUAUGCUUUGUAAAUAGGCACGGUGCGUUCCUGAACUUUGAGAUCCCAAAAGUGGCUACUGCACCACUGGAGCUCCAGCGUAGCAUGCAGCUCAAGGGGAAGUCAGUGCAAGUAGAGCCUAGAAGACCCGGGAGCAGUUCCACAUACAAGUCAGACCGCCUGCUCUAUGCACCAGAAUUUCCUGAUGACAAAGGCAUGGAUACCCUUGGCCCGCUGUUUCCUGAUGCCCUGCUCACUGACCGCCGUGAAGGCAAGGUGCUGCUGAGAUUCAAGGACAAUGCAAGUGCCACAAGUGCCAUCAAACAAGUUAUUGCUCAUGAUGGGAAAAACUAUAAUUUCAGUUUUGCUGCCACUCGUAAAAGAUGGAGCCACCGGGGUCCGCAACGAGCAUUAUGGCGUGGAGGGUAG